UUGGUCGAGGAAAAAGAGCGAACCCAUUGAAAUCAAAAUGAGUGGGAACCCAACGGUCGAGAGGGUAAUUUGUAGUCACUGCGCCAUUUCCCAUCCCCCAAACGCCUUUUUCUCUAUUGGAACUCCUCUCGACGAACAUGGUGGAAGCCCGGCAGGAGUUGUCGUACGAGGAAUGCCGCCGAAAACGAGUGGAAGAAAACAAGAAAAGAAUGGAGGCUCUCAAUCUCCCCCAGCUCUCUCAAGCUCUUCGUACCCCAUCCUUCAAACCCUCUCCGAGAAAACAGGUGCAGCCUCGGACGGUCGAAAAACAAUUGGUUGUGGUUAGGAGAUCGAGUCGUGUCGCUAACAAACCCGCCUCUGUUUACCAUGAAGUUCUUGUGGAAAAGGUGAGCAUACCUAGAAGAAGGGUAUCUAAGCAGAGGGAUUUGUCAAACCGGGUGUAUGCUUCGGAUGAAGCCAGGGCUGAGGCUUUGGAGAAAGCAGAAAAAUUGGAAUCUGGUCUAGAGCCUGAUUUUCCUACCUUCACAAAGUCGAUGCUUCAAUCACAUGUUACUGGUGGAUUUUGGCUGGGCCUUCCAGUCCACUUCUGCAAGAGAAACCUUCCAAAACGUGAUGAGGUUAUGACCUUGAUAGAUGAAGAAGGUCAAGAGCAUCCAGCAAUAUAUUUGGCUAGAAAAACAGGACUUAGUGGUGGAUGGAAAGGGUUUGCGGUUGCUCAUGAGUUGGUAGAUGGGGAUGCAUUAGUUUUUCAGUUAGUUCGACCUACAACAUUUAAGGUUUACAUUUUAAGGGUGAAAGGUUCUGAACAACGCAACAAGUUGUAAGCUUCGAACAAUUUGGAUGUUGGAGUCAUGGCAGCAGAGUCAAAUUUGGGUUUAAUCCAAUCAAUACUUGUUGGCAGGGUUUCUCUCUGAUACGAAGCAUUCCCACAUCUCACUUUAAUUCCCUGUUUUUCCUGGAUUCUGGAAAUAACUUGACCACCAAUCUCAUACUCACUUCUUUGUCUCCUUUUUUCUUUUUAUUAUUAUUGUAAUUCGAUGUGGGUGAGCUGUGUUUUUGUUGAUUGCAAACACAUGUUUGGGCAAAACAUAAGGAAAGCUGGCCCCCCCCUUCCUUUUCCACCCUUUCCAGCUUGCAAAGUGCAAAU